GUUGGUGUUCGUGGAAGAGACAUCGUUGUUCUUGGUGUGGAGAAAAAGUCAGUGGCCAAACUGCAGGAUGAAAGAACAGUGCGGAAGAUCUGCGCUUUGGAUGACAAUGUCUGCAUGGCCUUCGCAGGACUCACUGCCGACGCAAGGAUAGUCAUCAACAGGGCCCGGGUGGAGUGCCAGAGCCACCGGCUGACCGUGGAGGACCCAGUCACCGUGGAGUAUAUCACCCGUUACAUCGCCAGUCUGAAGCAGCGUUACACGCAGAGCAAUGGGCGCAGGCCUUUUGGUAUCUCCGCCCUCAUUGUGGGUUUCGACUUUGAUGGCACCCCCAGACUCUAUCAGACUGACCCCUCGGGUACAUACCAUGCCUGGAAGGCUAACGCCAUAGGCCGGGGCGCCAAGUCUGUGCGUGAAUUCCUAGAGAAGAACUAUACUGACGAAGCCAUUGAAACAGAUGAUCUGACCAUUAAGCUGGUGAUCAAGGCACUCCUGGAAGUGGUUCAGUCAGGUGGCAAGAACAUUGAACUUGCUGUCAUGAGGCGUGAUCAACCCCUCAAGAUUUUAAAUCCUGAAGAAAUUGAGAAAUAUGUUGCUGAAAUUGAAAAAGAAAAAGAAGAAAAUGAAAAGAAGAAACAAAAGAAAGCAUCAUGAUAAAUAAAAUUUCCUUGCUUAUAACCAUUUUUAAAUUCAAGUCAUGAAUGAGUCUCAAAAUGAUGUAUAGGUUUUUCCAUUCCAUUCUGUCCUGAGUGCCCUACAUUAAACUUCCAUAUUUUUUAACUUUUUAAA